AUGACGAUCCCGCACUCAGAGCAGGAUGAGUACAACUUGCAGGAGGCAUGGGACCGGGUCUGCACCUCGUUCAUGCAGACCACCCACGCCGACCUCAAGACCGCCCCCACCAAAUACACCAUCGAGGAGGUUCUGGACCAGAUCCGCGCCAAGCAAGAGGAGGCAAACGAAAAGAAUGCCAAAUACCAAGAGCUCAAGACCGUGAUGAACAAGACGUUGACCUUUGUUGGACUGUUGGGUGGGAUUGCCGCCCAAGGCGCGAGUAUGGUCUUCGCCCCCAGCAGUCUUUGCUUCAACGCGGUCGCAUACCUGAUCAACACCGGAGCCAAAUACAAGCGGAUUUUUAGCAGUUUGGCGGAACUCUUCCGGAAUGUUUCGGAUAUGUUGGACCGGCUCCAGAUCUAUAUGCGUGUGCCGCCCGAUGCGGUGGACAUUGCCCUGCGGAGGAUUAUCAACGACCAACUGAUUUGCUUUGUGGAUAUCUGUGCACUGUCGAUCAAGGUGCUGAAGGGGCACAAGGUUCUGAUCGCUAUUAAGGUUUUUGCCUUUGGUGAGGACGAGGGGGUCAGCGGGCAGCUGGCUCGGUUGGAGAGCCUGGUCGAGCGAGAAUCCCAGAUGCGCGCCACUCUGGGGUUUGAAUCGCAGAAGAUCAGCGAGAGGGGCAUCCUUGAGACUAAGGAGGGAACCAAGGAGAUCAAUGUCACCGUGACUGAAAUCCUGGAUUUAGAAAAGAAACGAGAUAUAGAUCAGCACACGAAGAAGGAAUUGGAGGAUCUGGAUAGGACCCUCGACAGGCCGAGCGAAAGCUGGCGGGUGAAUCAAUCCAGGUUCCGGCGACUCCUGGAUGAGAGGAUCGCUGGAAGUGGGGAGUGGCUCGCAGCAGAUCCCUUCUAUACCUCGUGGGCACGAAUGGAAAGCCCAUCGAUGUCAAUACUAGGGAUUGCAGGAGGGGAGGGAUACGGGAAGUCGCUCUUUUUCACCAGUGCUAUCAAGAACUUGCAGGAGAGCCACUCCCCGAUCGCAGAUGAUUCAAGGCGUACUUCAGUUGCCUACUAUUUCUUGGACCAAGAGAGGGGAACUGCGGGAUCGCUGAUCCGCGCUCUGAAAGUGCUUGCAUGGCAAAUCGCCAAUACUGAUCCGGUCUACCGCAAGGAGCUGGUCUCCAUCCAAAGCGCCAGUGCCGCCGCGGAUGUGGGAGUGCUGUGGAAUCAGCUAUUCUCCAAGUCGUACAAGACCGACUCGACCUUCUUCCUUCUCUUGGAUGGUCUUGAACGAGUCAACCGCGAGCAGCUUAAACAGUUUGUUUACCUCCUUGCGCACUUGCAGAAUGAAUCUGCAACCUUGGGGCGACUCAGGCUUCGGAUUCUCCUCUCUGGGCAGGACGAGGCGGUCGGCAGGUUCAAGGACCAGCUUGGGCACGAAGUGGUUCCAGUCAUCGAUCUGGCGCUCAAGAACGGUGCGGACCUGCACAAAUUCAUAGAGAACCGCAUCGACCGGCUGGAGAAUCUUGCCGGCUCAUCGGAGGACAGUCGCGCCCUUCGGAGCCAGGUGAUGGAAGCCCUGACAGCAAAGGCGCACGGUGACUUCAUCAAUGCCGGGUUGCUGCUGGACGAGGUCGGCGUCCAGCAGCGCCCAGGCGACAUUCGAGCCAUCCUGUCGCGCUCGGGCAGCAGCAACCGCCAGGACACCAUUGCGAGAAAGAUAGCACGAUUGAGCGAGACCCUGCGCGAAACCGAGAUCACCGAUCUGAACGAGAUUCUCACCUGGAUGAUGUACGCUCCCGACCGGGUGCUGCUGGCCCAACUCGAAACCGUGCUGCUUCUGAAAAACGGGGAACGCUCGCUGAAACCGCUGUGGAUGAUCAUCACUGACCACUACUCCACUCUCAUCUCGGUCGUGGGCGUGGCGCGCGGCGAUGUGAAAAAGGGCUUUCCCCCGUACUCGCGGGUGGUGUUCGCGUCGGACGUCGUCAAGCAGUUCUUCCGCCAUCGAGCGGAGGCCAAGGCUCAGAAGAAGGCUAUCCUCCACGAGCCAGCAUCGAGUCUCCCCGAGCAGGUCACAGAAGGCGAAGUCCGCAUUGUCCGUCGGUUCCUGGAGUCGGUCUGCGACCCCGACCUCUUCCGGAAGCUUGGCUUCGAGCAGUAUUUCGGCCAGCUGUUGAAGGGAAAGACGGCUGCGCCGAUCGACAUCGACGCAGAGGAUACGGCACAUCUGCGAAUGCUCAGCACUUGUCUGAAGGUGAUUGACUCAGACUCAUCUAGUGGCCUGGGACCCCUGCUGGGGUAUGCGAUGAAUCAUUUCGCCCACCAUCUAAGCCAGUUGGAUCCUUCGCUGGUCGGGGCGGAAGAUAAGCUGGCCCUAGGGCCCCCGUUAGUGAAGCUGUUCCAGGACCCUCAGACCAUCCAGCGCUGGUGGAGACGUGCCGGUCACUAUGAUGCCGAGUUACGAUCGGCUUGGAUCUACACAGACCCGUACUCGGAGGUCGUGAUCACAUGGCUACAGGAAUCCGCCGUCAUCAAAGGGCUUUCCGAAUCACAGAAAGACUGGGUAAGAAGUCUGACUACCAAGUCGGAACCUGAUGCAGACCUGCUGGAGCAUAUUGCACGGCAUUGGAUAGCGGAGUGGCUGCUCCACAUCGAGGCUCUCAAGGAUAUAUACUCCGUCUUUCCCAAUGUAUAUGGGUACUUCAAUCGAACACCACAGGUGCGUCGCGUGACGGACGAUUCGCAAAUUUGGGAGCUGGACAGCUCCCGAAUUUUUGCCGCGGUCGACUGGGGCCGACAGCAGGUGCAGCCAGAGGUUCCAGAAAGCAGGGCCAUCUUCAUCCUUGCGAUGACGUUGCAUGCCUACAGAAAGUUUGACGAGGCGAUUGAGCAGUACAAACUCGCGAUCUCCCUCGCACCAGCCGACUGGAAUAUGCAGUGGCGCCUUGCAGAAGCGUUCUCCGGUAAUCAGGACUUUGCAUCGGCCAUACAGACGCUGGAGGCAGCCAAAGGACUGGCUGAGUUAAACCACAUCCCCGAAGGUUCCCCUGACGAGCCUGUCUGGUUCCUUGCUUCUAUGCGGCAGCAGCUGGCUUGGUGGUACAAUGCCAGUGGCCAACCGGACCGGGCAUUUGCCAUCUACCGUCCCGUUCUCGAGAUCAUGCGGAUAUGCCGCGCGGGGGCCCAAUACAGCCGUCUGCUACAGUUCCUACAGUCUUUAAGGGACACUCCAAGUGACUUCCCGGAACUCAACCAGCUCACCAGGGCAUAUUGCUUACUCUGCGACGAGAAGGACUUCCACGACAUCCUCUUCACUUUGGUGCGGGUGAACAUCGAAACCUUUGAUAUGGCCUGCAAUCACUACCGCAUGUCAAUCGCUCAUGCGACAGAUCAGUGUGUCAAGGCCAAAGAGGCGGGUGACGACGAGUGGGCGGAGGUCCAGCAGGGCCGCCAGGGAACUCUCAUGUACUACCAUGCGCUGCUGCGCUACGAACACGUCAACCAGGAUGUUGCAAGUAGGAUGAAUGCCAUCGAGGAGUGGGAACGUCUCUGGCAAAUGGAACAUACGGACCCUCUGGAACACGUCUACUAUGCGGUGAGACGGAGGCUCCCCCUCGCCUACUUUCAUGAAGCGCGGCAGCCGCAGCAAUGCGAACGCACAGAAGCCCUCUGGCUGACCAAACUGGAGCAACUCGCGGAGCUGAGCACCGCGGAGUACCUCACCUGGGCCGACAAACAGUAUCCCGCGCGGCUGCUCGCCCCCGUGCUACGCGCCCACGUCAAGAUCGGCCUUGACAUCCUCUCGGACACGGACCCGCUGAACGAUCCGGACGGAUAUUUCCGUCUCGCGUUCCACUUCAUGUUCGUGGACUUGGACGACGAGGCCCUGGCGGCAUGGUCGAUGAUUGUCCCCAAGCUCCUCGGCGGCGCAACAGGAGAUAAGGAUGUUCAGAAUGGGAAGCUCGAGGGCCCUCUCCAGGCCCAGUGUGAUGGGAAAUGCGGGACCACCUGGUCGUACGCAAAUGACUUCUACCGGUUGCGCCAGGGGACACUGGAGCUGUGUGAUGUCUGUGCGCCGGACCACGAGAUGCUGUACGUCCCGGCAUAUGAUCCGGCCCGACGGGAGAGUGUCGGUGAAGGCAAUAUUCAGGUGGGAUCCGAGCCUGCCAUGUCGGUUGACGAGUGGGUCGCGCGGACCAGGCAGUACUGGGGAAUUAAAUCCUGA